UACCUUUAGUCUAAUAACCAAUAUAAAUCGUCAAUUUAAAUCUUGAAUAUAAACUAGUUUGAAGAUCAAUUUGAAUUUCUAGCUCGUUUUCAUCGGAUAGCAUCGAGAUCAAGGUCAACUGAAUAUUACGAAAUAGAAUUGUUCAAAUAAAAUCAGCUGUAGUAGCGUUUUUUCUAGAAGUAUCGGUAACAAACAGUUUAUUCCUCGUUUUAUCGUCAGUUAUCGCAAAAAAAAGGUUAUCAACUUUAAUUUUACGAAAAGUAGUUUGCCUGUUAUUACAUUACAUUACCGAUAGUCCAUUUGACUAGCGUGUUUGUUUUUCGUCUGAUCCUGUUGUGAAAAUGUUGCGAGUAACAAGAUUCCUCAAUAAAAUUCAGAAAUGUUCUUUUUCUGCUCAAGCCAUACCAAAACCCAUUGAAAAUCCAGAAGUACUUUAUAGUGGGAUCUUCAUCAAUAAUGAAUGGCAUAAAUCCAAAUCCGGCAAAACUUUCACAACAGUCAAUCCAACAACUGGAGAGGUCAUCACUGAAGUACAGAGGGGUGAACAGGCAGAUAUAGAUGCGGCAGUUGAUGCAGCACACAAGGCGUUCAAAUUUGGCUCACCAUGGAGAACCAUGGAUGCAUCAGACCGUGGUCAUCUUCUUUACAAACUUGCCGAUUUGAUGGAAAACAACGCUUCUUACCUUGCUAGCCUGGAAACCUUGGACAAUGGAAAACCAUACACGGCAUCUCUUAGAGACGAUGUAGGACUCAGUGUUAAGGCCAUUAGGUACAUGGCUGGUUGGGCAGAUAAGAACCACGGUAAAGUGAUUCCAAUCGAUGGCAACCUUUUAUGUUACACAAGACACGAACCAGUCGGUGUCUGUGGUCAAAUUAUUCCCUGGAACUUCCCAUUGCUGAUGUUCGCUUGGAAGAUUGGACCUGCUCUUGCAACUGGAAAUACCGUAGUUUUGAAACCAGCCGAGCAAACUCCUCUAACGGCUCUGUUCACAGCACAGUUGGCAGCUGAAGCUGGUUUCCCUGCUGGAGUCCUUAAUGUUGUUCCUGGAUUUGGGGAUGCUGGAGCUGCUUUGGUCGCUAAUGAUAAGGUUGACAAAAUAGCAUUCACUGGUUCAACUGAAGUGGGUCUUAAAAUACAGCAAGCUUCAGGUGUUGGUCGUCUCAAGAGAACCACCUUGGAAUUGGGAGGAAAAAGUCCUAAUAUAAUUUUGGCAGAUGUUGAUAUUGCAAAAGCUGUAGAAGCAGCUCACAUGGCUGUGUUCUAUAAUCAAGGUCAGGUGUGUUGCGCUGGUACUAGAACGUACAUUCAAGAAUCUGUAUACGAUGAGUUUGUUGAAAGGUCUGUUGAACGUGCAAAGAAGAAGGUUGUAGGUAACCCAUUCAAUCUUAAUACCGAACAAGGACCUCAGAUUGAUGGAACUCAAAUGGAGAAGAUCUUGGGUUUGGUUAAAGAGGGAGUGAACCAAGGAGCAAAAUUGCUUACAGGAGGUGAACGACAUGGGGAACAAGGAUAUUUCGUGAAACCCACAGUUUUCGCCGAAGUGGACGAAUCUAAUGUCAUUGCUCGAGAGGAGAUAUUUGGACCAGUUCAACAAUUGAUGAAGUUCAAGAACCUGGAGGAGAUUGUUGAGCGUGCCAAUAACACAAAUUAUGGACUUGCUGCUGCUGUAUUUUCCAAGGAUUUGGAUAAAGUCAAUUACAUUACACAAGGUUUGAGGGCCGGUGUUGUUUGGGUAAACACUUAUAACGUUCUUCCCGUUCAAAGUCCAUUCGGAGGAUUCAAAGACUCCGGACAUGGAAGGGAAAUGUCCGAAUAUGGAAUCAGACAAUACACUGAAGUGAAAUCUGUUAUCACCGCUCUGCACCAGAAGAAUUCAUAGAUUUUUCGAAGUUGAAGUUUACUGAUAUAUAUUUUUUUUUCAAGUUGUGUCUGAUAUUUUUGUGAAUGAAUAUAAUUCCGUAUUAUUUGUAUUAAUCAAAUGUUUUGUUUUUAGCAGAUGUUACUGCUAUAAUAAAUAUCAAGUUUUUAUUA